AUGGCCAGUCAAAAGAUAGAGGAUUCAACCCUUCUUCCCUCACCACCUGCUUCAUCGGAAGGAGAUUACCGCCCUGUCUACCCAUCUACAUACGGCCUGAUUGACAACAGCAUGGAGCAAUUUCCGAUGGUUGCAGAGUUUGACCCAAGCACUCCACCACACCAGAUGCUCUACGGCUCUCCCCCACAAUAUUACCAGCACAUCCCUACUUCGCACCCGAUCCCAAUAAUGCUUAAUAACCAGGCUCAUACUCCACACAUCAUGGGGGCACAUCUUCCAAUGAGGAUUCAAUCUGCAUCACCCCCAUACUCGCCGUCACCACCUCGAAAGAGCUCAGCCAGAAGCAAAGCCAGAGCCAUUCGCUCCCCAAAAGAGAAACGUGGCCGUGGCCACAGAAACACUGCAAGUGGAACGAAGACAAGAAUCGCCCUUCCAGGGCCCCUGUCCGAGAUUACCGCCCAUUUCACAGAUGUCCCAGUCCGGGAUAUGGAGGCCCAUGUGAACCGACCAACACCGGCUCGGCUCGAAGAGGCCAGACUGAGAGGUUUGGCUGGAAACAAGGCAGUUGCUCGCCCCAUGAAUGCAUUUAUGCUUUAUCGAUCUGCCUACACAGCUCGUUGUAAGGAGUAUCUGGGCAUGGAAAACCACCAAGAGAUUUCCAGGGCUAUAGGUGCGAGUUGGCGGCUGGAGUCGGAAUCCUUCAAAGGUCGAUUCAACGAAUGGUCGCGCAUUGAGCGAUCAAACCAUGCAGUCGCUUUCCCCGGAUACAAAUUCCAGCCCAAAAAAGACACCGGAGUCGCACGACGAACAGAAAUUGAGCUUACCCCUCCUCGCUCUUCUGUCUCAGCAGCUGGUGAUAUGGGUAGUCCUACUGACUGGGAUGAACUUGAGCCUGAAUUCUCACUGGCACCACCUUAUCUGCAUCGCCGCACGCAGAGCUUUGAGAUAUCGAGCCGAUCCUCAAGCCCCUUCGAAAGCUACCAUGGCCUCCCACCAACCCUCACAUCAAGCUAUGAUGCAAACUGGAACACGAGCUUCCCCUCGCAAAGCCUCCCAACCAGCCUGUCCACGAUCCACCCCGACAUGCUCCAAGGCGCCAGCUUUGACAGCGAUAUCCACGGACUGCAGGAUCUGUCCAAUGAUAUGCCCAGCGGAAUCAAUGGAAUUCCGGGUGGUAGUCAUGACGAUCUCUGCCAAACUUCUCAGUCUCUUCCAAUCCUUAUCAGCAAUGAACACAUGGACCCGCAGCUGCUGCAGUACAGCCAGAAUCCUCCGACCACCUAUGAACAUGGAGUCAUGUCGCCGGCUCACAUCUACGGUUUUGAAGAUGGCGGUUACAUCUCCAACUCGAUGCCUUCUGGUCACUCUAGCCCGAAGGCUUACAUGGGAGGGUCAUGGGAAUACAUAGAUAACCCCCCCUACUUCAAGCUUUUAAAGUAUACUAACAGGAGGACGAUACCCAUGAUCGGAGACGACUCAUGA